GAAAGAAAAGUAGAAGACGGAAAAGUGCCUCUCUCUCUCAGAUAAUCCCCAAAUCCUCGCCGUCGGUCUCCUUGACUCGCCGAUUCUUUCAUCUCCUUCGCCUUUCAAUCCCUCGCCCCGGCUGUCCUCGUUUCCGCACCUCCGUCUCCCAAUCAACGGCUGCGAUUAACUGCCGCUGAAAAAAAUCCCCUUCUCCUCCAACCUAUGAAAUGGAUUCUUCCUUUUCAUUCGACUGAAGAAGAAGAAGAAGAAGAAGCAGCCCGGGUGGAGAAAUCUGUAACCAUUCUGCAUUUCUGGGGUUAAAUCCCAAAAGGGUUAUCGCGGAAUCGUCUGUUGGAUCGACUCGGUCAGGGCGAAACGGACGGCCCGUAUUGCAUGUGAAGUAUUGAGCAUGCUUUUCCCAUAUAUUUUGAUGUAAAGAAGUUAGGAAAAGUUGAAUAGAGUUUGAUGGGUUCUUCUGUGGUAACGCCUGAAGACGUGCUAGAGUCACUAAUGAAUGAUGGCACCAUUGAUGCCAUCAGAUUGAAGAUAAUCAAUCAGCUAAAAGCAAAUGAAGAGUUGAAGAAUAACACAAUCACAAUGGUGGAGCAGAGUAAAGUUCUUAACACUCCUGGUGCAGAGAGACAGACUAAGAGGGAGCUUUUCGAUGCUCUUCGCCGGGAACUCGAAACUCCAGUGCUUGAGAAGGCCUCCAAAUCAGUUUGGGAGUUGAUUCUAGACGAUAAUGGUUUGGGAAAGGAGAUUAGUGAAACCGUCGAGAAAGUGUACUGUAGAUUGAGUGGUCUGGAGCCCCCCUUGCUUCCUUCUUCAAAUGGUGAUGCACAACAGCCAGUGAAAGAGACGGAGAAAGAGAAGGAGAAUUUGGAUUCUUCAUCCAAGAAGAGGACCUUCAGUGAGAUGAGCACGCAGAGAGCAGUGGAAGCUGCAAAUGGAUGCAGUGAUGCUCCAGCUGCACCGGAAGAUUCUGGUACAACUACUACAUCCAAUCAAAACACAUAAAUCUAUGUUUCUGAUUUGUGGGUUUUCAUUAGCUGAAGAUCAAUGAAUAGUUUUCUGUUCUAAACUUCUAAUUGGUGGGACAUUAGAAAGUCUCCUAUAACCCCUGAAAUAGUGAAUUUUAAAACACAAAAUGUUGGAGCUGAUUGAGCUAGUAUGUAUCAUAGUAGAGCUGUAUAUAUUUCAUUGAAGGAACUGAUUGUUUCGACUGAGUUUAACUUGUCUGUCAUUCUCAGGUUGAAACGGCAUGGUGAUAGAUAAAGUAGACUGUAUUGGGCAUCUUAUUCUGGGUGGGGCAAGAAAUGGCUGAGAUUAUUUGCGUUUGGAUGCACAAUUGUAUUAAAUUGCAAGAAUGAGUUUAAUGAAGUGGAAUAAUAAAAUUGCAAUCACCUUAGCAUUCA